CAGAUCUUUCUCGAACGCGCGUCGCCCGCAGCCAGCGCAGCCCGAGCCCUUCCGGAAAGUGCCGAAGCCGCGGCCGGCGCCCGGCGGAUUCCCCGCCGGCCGGCGCAGCACGCCUGCGCACAGCAGAGGAUCCGCCGGUUGGUGGCCGGUGCUCCGCAGUGGGGGACAGGCGGGCGCGGAGCCGAGUCCCAGCAGCCCAGACGGUCGCCGCUGCCGCUGUAAAUCGCAGGCCGGCGGGAAGUGCCAGGCGCAACCAUGUCCGUGGUUGGCAUUGACCUCGGCUUCCUCAACUGUUACAUCGGCGUUGCGCGGAGCGGAGGGAUCGAGACCAUCGCCAACGAGUACAGCGACCGCUGCACCCCAGCAUGUAUAUCUUUAGGAUCCAAGACUCGGGCCAUUGGGAAUGCAGCUAAGAGCCAGAUUGUCACAAAUGUAAAAAAUACAUUACAUGGUUUCAAAAAGUUGCAUGGAAGAGCAUUUGAAGAUCCCUACAUACAAGCUGAAAGGGCCAAACUUCCCUAUGAACUUCAGAAGAUGCCGAAUGGAUCCGUAGGAGUAAAGGUGAGAUACCUCGAUGAAGAGAGGCUUUUUGCAAUUGAACAAAUUACAGGAAUGUUAUUGGCCAAACUAAAAGAGACUUCAGAAAGUGCUUUGAAGAAACCAGUGGCAGACUGCGUGAUUUCAGUACCCAGCUUCUUCACUGAUGCUGAGAGAAGGUCUGUAAUGGCAGCUGCACAGAUUGCAGGAUUAAAUUGCCUGAAGCUGAUGAAUGAAACUACAGCAGUUGCACUGGCCUAUGGAAUAUACAAGCAAGAUCUGCCAGCCUUGGAAGAGAAGCCAAGAAAUGUGGUCUUUGUAGACAUGGGACAUUCUGCCUAUCAAGUUUCAAUCUGUGCUUUUAACAAGGGAAAGCUGAAGGUCUUGGCCACAACUUUUGACCCAUUCAUAGGUGGUAGGAAUUUUGAUGAGGCUUUGGUGGACUACUUCACAGAGGAGUUCAGGACAAAAUACAAACUGAAUGUAAAAGAGAAUCCCCGGGCACUGCUACGAUUGUAUCAGGAAUGUGAAAAACUAAAGAAGCUUAUGAGUGCAAAUGCUUCUGACCUUCCACUCAAUAUUGAGUGCUUCAUGAAUGACCUUGAUGUCUCCAGUAAGAUGAACAGAGCUCAGUUUGAGCAGUUGUGUGCUGCCCUUCUGUCCAGAGUGGAACCUCCUCUAAGAGCAGCCAUGGAUCAAGCCAAACUUCAGCGUGAAGAUAUCUACAGUAUAGAAAUAGUAGGUGGGGCUACUAGAAUUCCAGCAGUGAAGGAACAGAUCUCUAACUUUUUCUGUAAAGAGAUAAGCACCACGCUAAAUGCUGAUGAAGCUGUUGCAAGAGGCUGUGCCUUGCAGUGUGCAAUUCUUUCCCCAGCUUUUAAAGUGCGUGAAUUUUCCAUCACAGAUGUUGUUCCUUAUUCUGUAACGUUAAGAUGGAAAUCUUCUUAUGAAGAAGGAACAGGGGAGUGUGAAGUCUUCAGUAAGAACCAUGCUGCUCCGUUCUCAAAAGUAAUUACUUUUCACAAGAAAGAGCCUUUUGACCUGGAAGCUUACUAUACCCAUCCCCAGGAAGUGCCUUAUCCUGAUUCCAGAAUAGGGCGUUUCACUAUUCAAAAUGUUAGUCCCCAGCAUGAUGGUGACAAUUCUAAAGUGAAGGUCAAAGUGCGUGUCAACAUUCACGGCCUUUUCAGUGUGGCCAGUGCUUCUAUCAUAGAGAAGCAGAACACAGAGGGAGAUCACAAUGACACACCUAUGGAUACUGAAUCAUCAAGUAAGAACCAAGGCAGAGAUGAUGAGCUGGAUAAAAUGCAGGUUGAUCAAGAUGAAGGUAUUCAGAAAAGUCAAGCUGAACAACAGAACCAAGCAGAUGAGGAAACUGAAAAUGCAGGAACUGAAACAAAAGCUGCUUCAGGAGAAAAGCAAGAUCAUCCAGUCCAGCCAAAGGUGAAAGCAAAAGUUAAGAGCAUUGACCUACCUAUACAAGCAAGCCUUUAUAGACAGCUGGGACAAGAUCUUAUCAAUUGCUAUAUAGAAAACGAGGGGAAGAUGAUGAUGCAAGACAAGCUUGAGAAAGAAAGAAAUGAUGCUAAGAAUGCUGUUGAAGAAUACGUGUAUGACUUCAGAGACAAACUCUGUGGAGUCUUUGAGAAAUUCAUCACUGAAGAAGAUUCAAACAAGCUGACUUUAAUGUUGGAAGACACAGAAAACUGGCUUUAUGAAGAUGGAGAGGACCAGCCAAAACAAGUAUACAUGGAUAAGCUUCAGGAGUUAAGAAAAUUUGGACAGCCUAUUCAGGAAAGAUACAUGGAACAUGAAGAGAGACCAAAAGUUUUAAAUGAACUGGGAAAGAAGAUUCAGCUCCUUAUGAAAGCAGUGGAAGCAUACAAAAAUAAGGAUGAAAAAUACGAUCACUUAGAUCCUUCUGAGAUGGAGAAAGUUGAAAAAUACAUUAGUGAGGCUAUGAAUUGGUUGAACAGCAAAAUGAAUGCCCAGAACAAACUGAGCCUAACGCAGGAUCCAGUUGUCAAAGUGGCAGAAAUACUGACAAAAUCUAAGGAAUUGGAUAGCUUCUGUAAUCCCAUUAUAUACAAACCCAAACCGAAGAUAGAACCUCCCAGUGAUGGGCAGCCAAAAGCUAAUGGUGAACACAAUGGGCCAGUGAACGGACAGAGUGGUACUGAAACGAAACCUGAACCAGCGAAGGACAAUUCUCAGCAGACCAAACCACCUGGAGAAAUGGAAGUGGACUAAAUCUUGCAUUUCUUUUACUGAAUCAAAAUAGUGCAAGUAACCACAGGGUCCAUUCUUUUUGUCUGGUACACACCUCAGAUGUUCAGUUAUUCUUAGCCAACUUUCCGUCAUUUGUUGCUGAGUAGUUUUGAAAGUGUUUUAUAUUAAGUACACCUCUGUUCAUUUCCACUGAUGCUGCUUAUGUGGAGCUUUAGCCAAAUGUAGAUUGUAUAAGUCAGUUUAAGCUUUCCCAAUAUAUUUUAUAUCAAACAUACAGAAUUGCUAUAUAAAUGGCAACAAUCUACCUUAUUUAAAGCUUUUAUUGUGGAUAAACCUCAGCUCCUUUAUUCAGGAAAGGAUACUGUAUUGCACUACUGAUGCUCAAAUGUAGAUCUAAUUGCAUCUUUAUUUUGGAAAAAUAUUGGAAUUGAAGUGGCAAAACUUGUCACUCCAAAGCACUGACCUUUUCUAGUUAUGUAUUGUUAUAAUUUAAAUAUUAAAAUAGAGUUUAGUUGGCAUACUAGUCCAUCUUGUUGCUGUAUCAUAAGAAUUGUAUGGUCUUAUUCACAUAAACUGAGUAAUACAAGCUUAAACAUUUUUUAGAUGCCCAUACCACUAACUAUCUUAGUUACAAAGUGCUAGCAUACUGGCUGUGCCACGUGCUGAAGUGAAAUUCACCAAGGGUCUCAGUGCAUAUGGCUGUACAUGAACCUACUGUGCUUAGGAUAGGGUGAUGCUAAGGACAAUAGUACAAAAAAGGGUACACAAGGACUGUUGUGUACCUUUCCCUUGCAAAUGUCUUAUUGCACAUGUUAGUAUUUCCGCUUGUUUUGUUUUGACUGAAAUCUAGGUCUUGAUCACAUCUUCUGCUGGGGUGGAUAAACAACAAAAAUUGCACUGUGCAAGCCAGAUAUUAGCACCCUGGUUUUUAUGUUGCUGGAGUGCUGUUUGUUGCAAACUUGAAAGAAGUACCGAGAGCUAAUUUAAGCCUUGGUGCUCAGCAUGUAAACCUUUUUUUGUCAAGGAUCAAAACAAAAGAGCUUAAAAACUGGAUGUUGUUACCCCAGAGAUGGAACCUACUUGAUGAACUUGUAUAACUUGCAGUUAUCUUUGGUCACUUAAUGAAAGUGUCUAUAAUGUA